CCAUCCCUUUCUAUUUCUUUCCUUCUCUCCGAUUCACAGAAACAACUCCUCUCUACUCACAAACCCUUCUUCCUCAUAACAAAAACAACCCACCCUUUUCCCCGUUUCCCCAAACCCUAGAAUCUCUAACACAGAUCCUCAUCGUUUCGCAUCCAAUUCCCAAACACCGUUGACCACACUCGAGGUUUAUCCAACGCCCACAAAAAAAAGCUCCGUUUUUUGCUUCCUGGGUCCCGUUUUUCCUUCCUUUUUAUUGGGCAUAGGAAUGUUGGGUACUGGCUUGAACUUCGGGCGCGCUCUCGGCGAGGAUCGGUUAUAUUCUCCGGCGAAGGUUCGCCGGCCGUUUCACACCAUGGAGAACGAUAAGCUGCGUAGGGCCCACAGCGACGUCACCGGGAGAGACAAAUCGGUGGAUUUAGGUAACCGGGUACCGGAGAACCGGGUCGGGUCGGAUGAGGAGGAGGCGAAGAAGAGUGGCGCGGUGCCUUCGUGUGAACCGGUCGUGACCCGGUUGAGUAAUCUGGAGCGGUUCUUGCAGGCGAUCACGCCCUCUGUGCCUGCUCAGUAUCUUCCUAAGAGGACGACGAGAGGACUUAGGGCGUGCGAUGAGGAAUGUCAGCCCUACUUUGUUCUUGGUGAUUUGUGGGAGUCCUUCCGCGAAUGGAGUGCGUAUGGCGCUGGAGUUCCGCUUGUACUGAAUGACAAAGAUAGCGUUGUUCAGUAUUACGUUCCUUAUCUCUCUGGAAUCCAAAUUUACUCCCAGAAUGUGAAACCAACUGUAAAGUCAAGGCAACUUGGGGAGGAUAGUGACAGCGAUUUCAGGGACUCAAGUAGUGAUGGUAGCAGUGAUUGUGAACCUCUACAUGGAAGGGGAUCGAAAUACAUGAGGGAACAAAGAAAUUUUCCCCUUCUGUCGGAUGAGGUACCUCAACGGAUGAGUAGAUUAUCUUUGAGAGACCACCAUUCCCUUCCUCAAGAUGGGUUUUCUAGUGAUGAUGGAGAUUCUGUCAAUCCUCAGGGUUAUUUAAUUUUUGAGUAUCUUGAACGUGACCCUCCGUACAGCCGUGAGCCAUUGGCUGAUAAGAUAAUGGACCUUGCUUUUCGUUUCCCUGAAUUAUCGACCCUUCGAAGUUGUGAUAUACUAUCAUCAAGUUGGAUAUCUGUAGCCUGGUAUCCAAUUUACAGGAUACCAACUGGUCCAACAUUAAAAGAUUUGGAUGCUUGUUUUCUGACAUACCAUGAUCUCUGUACACCUGUGGGAGGUUCACAAAGUAGGCAGACUCAGAAGCCACAUCCUACUGAGACGGAUAAUGUCCAUAGAAUGUCUUUACCUGUUUCUGGGCUUGCAUCAUACAAGUUCAAAGGAUCUCUGUGGACUCCCAAUGGUGGACAUGAACGCCAAUUAGCCAGCUCUCUUUUGCAGCGGGCUGAUAACAUGUUAAGACAGCUUGAAGUCAGUCAUCCAGAUUUCCAGUUUUUUAGCCGUUGAUGUUGUUAAAUUGACUGUAAUAUUAUACUUUUGGAUAUUUAAGAACUGGUGGUUAGUGUUUGGUUAAUUUUUUAGAUGUUAUACUUGAUUGGAGUUGGAGUUAAUAACUUAUUUGACAAAAGGUAAAAGGAAAGUUGGAGAAAGGAUGUUAAGCACCGUCCUUUGUAUUUCUCUGCAUUGUUUGCUUCCGUAAUAAGUGAAUGAAUAGGGAAGCAUUGGAGAAGCGGCAGUGUUGGGGGCUACUUAAUGUGUUCCUGGUGGAUGUACAGAUUAAAAGGCAGCUUCUCAAGUACAGGCUGAUUUGUUUGGCUGCCAGCAUCAAUGAGUCUUACAUCAGUUGCUUCUUGUGUAUUGGUAUGGUUUUCUUAAACAAACCAAAACAGGCUACUUUUUUUCUGUCCUGGCGAUGCGUUAUAUAGGACAUAGUUUUAAUUU